UGCUUGUUGAGAACGAAAGCCUUUGGGAAACUCCAACGGCUUUUACUCGACAUCUGAUUAGCUGCGCGCAACCUCGAAAAGCGAAAAGCGACAGGGGAAUCUUUGCUUAACUUUUUUUGAUUUGAUUUGGAUCUCGAUUGAACCUUGCAUCGCUAUAUCUUCCCACCGAAAGUUUCCUCCCCACGUUACGAGAACAAUUCAGAGCUCAGGCACAUUAUCUGAUCUGAUCUCUACCAACGCAACGCAGCUCAACUCAAUUCCCUGAUCUCUUGCUCUCCCCCAAAUUUCCAUCUUUUUGUGGCCUCCGACUCCGACCUGCGGACCCCUCCCUCCUUCCGCCCACAGCAGCAGCCAGCCACAGCUCAACGCCUCCCUACCACGGACCUGGUCUAAAGAUAAGACAAAGGGCACAGCAUCCUCUUACACGAGACGAAGCGAAAACUGCACGAGAGUACAUCAUUUCUGCCACGGGCGCUCAACAAUGAGCGACCAUCCAGUCAUGCAGGUCGAGGACAAGAUCGUCCCCGGACCUUCUGUCACCAGCAACGAGACAGCUGUAGAGGAGACAGUCAUUCGACAAGAUGUGACUGUCAUCACAACAACAGACGAGGCUAGAGGCCCCAGUUCAGCCUUGAGCAGUACCGCCAAUCCCACUUCACCAACCACUGCUGCCCCGCGACCACGACUCAAGAAGGACAACAGCACGCCCAACAUGAACGGGCCACUCUACAUGCAGACUGCCGGGAACAAGACAGUGCUUGUCCGCCGACUUAAGCGCAAGGAGGAGAGCACCUGGAAGCAUCUCUCGCGCUGGUUUGUCGAGAACCAAAUCGGCCUCUCUUUUAACCUCCUCGCUCUCAUCUUCCUCGCCCAGACUUUCAUCCCCAAAGCUCGAGAACACACCCACAAAUUCUUCCACCUCAGCUACUACAGCUCUCAAUCCGGCCAGUAUCGCAUCGGUUACGAUGAUGCUUAUUUCAUCACCUUCUGCGUUAUUCUCUUCACCGGUCUUCGUGCCGCCACCAUGGAAUACGUUCUUGCACCCAUUGGUCGACUCCAGGGUAUCAGCAACCGCAAGAACCUGACCCGAUUCAGCGAGCAAGCUUGGCUUAUGGUGUACUAUACUGUUUUCUGGCCCUGGGGCGUGUACAUUUAUUGUACUUCCCCUCACUACAUGAGCAUGGAGAAUCUCUGGACCGACUGGCCUAACCGCGAGCUCGACGGACUCAUGAAGGCCUAUCUCCUCUGCCAGUGGGCUUUCUGGCUGCAGCAGAUGAUUGUUAUUAACAUUGAGGAGCGCCGUAAGGACCAUUGGCAAAUGUUUACCCAUCACAUUGUCACCACCGCUCUUAUCUUCGCCUGCUACACUUACCACCACACCCGUGUCGGUAACUUCAUCCUGGUUAUCAUGGAUGUUGUUGAUCUGUUCCUCCCUCUCGCCAAGUGCCUCAAGUAUUGCGGUUUCAAGAAAGUCUGUGAUGUCAUGUUUGGCCUCUUUGUAGUUUCAUGGUUCAUUGCUCGCCAUGUCCUAUACAUUGCGGUCUGCUGGUCCAUCUACUCAGACACUCCCCGGAUCAUGCCCACUGGUUGCUUCAAGGGGAACAACGAGAAUAUGAUUGGUCCCAUCGACCCUCCAGCCGGCUGGAAAUAUCUGGUCGACCCUUUCAUCAACCCUGAAGGCCUUGUUUGUUAUAAUGAGACCAUCAAGUGGAGUUUCCUCGCUCCCCUCCUCUUCCUCCAAGUCAUCACCAUCGGCUGGUUUACCAUGAUCGUUCGCGUCAUUAUCAAGGUCCUGAAGGGAGGCGAUGCUGAAGAUGUCCGAAGUGACGACGAGGGUGGCGAAGAGGAGGAGGAAGAGGAGUUUGUCUACGAAGAGGCACAGCCCCUGGAGGAGGAGGUUGGCGUCGAAGAGCUCGACCUCCGAAACUGGGAGCGACGAUCAGGCGUUAAGAAACAAGCCAGCAGUUCAGGAGUCAGCCUCCCUGGCCACAGUGAUCGAAAGGAGUUGUUAGGUCGUAUUGGCUGCGAGAAGCAGGUCGACUAGACGAAGCUAUGUGUUGGGAGUUUAACGGCAUUUUUCUCGUUCCACAUCCGAGUGAUGCUCACAUUUUUGAACCUUUUUUCCACUUUUAUGUUUUGGGCUUGCAUUUAUGGGAGGAGAUAUCUUGCCCGCUGUCUUGAUCACAACGACUUGGUAGAUGGGAGCUAACGAAAAAUAACCGAGGCCAGGAACCUCGUAGGGUCUGCAUUGGAGAGCUCCGCUAAAGAAUAGACGGCCGCCAUUAGAGACGACGAUUGCUUCUUUGCAACGAAGAUAAAAAAGAGUCCUUUUUUUUGACGAUUUCUAAAGGCUUUGGAUGGGAACACUUGAUCAUCUGUCUGCUUGGCUUUUCAAGAGAAGAAAGAUAGCCCAUUUGCGAAUGAUACCUCGAU